UUUAAAUUUUUUUAAUGUUCUUUGUUUAUUACCAAAUGGGACGAGAAAAUAGAACAAAAAGGUGUCCCGCCUUCCCUCACUCUGCUAUAUGUUGAGUGAGGUCGAGUAUGAAUGAUAAAUAUACCGACAACCAAUAUUUUUCAGGACAUAAGGCAGCCGCACAAGAACGCCGCAGACUGUCGGGAGAUUUCCCGGCCGCAGCCGCAAUUGUUUCCAGUGUGCAUCCUGCUAUACAUAAAACAUAUGGAUAACACGCGCUUUUAACAUUAAGGUUCUUGACAUUGUACGUAUGUAGAGUGAGGUCUUAUACUAUCUUAUAGUUUAAUUUGAAGGUUUGUGUUGCAGCGUUUGCGUGCAAUAAGCAUGAGGAGAAACGCAAAAGUUUUUGCUUUUGUAGCGUCGUCUGUAUUAAUGAUUGGGUGUCUUAUUAAUAAAACGUUUCCAAAACAAAACGAGUUUUGCUUUAAGCAGAAAACUAUUCACGAAAUGAAGGCGAUCGUUUCAGUAGAGCGUCCAAAAGCAACAGAUAUAAAGAGGGCGAAAUAUGCUCGAGAAAUUAAAGCAGAGUUGCAAAACCUGUGGCAUGCGACCGAAUUCGAGUUUAAAAGAGUUUUAAGAUCGAACGACCGCAACAAAUCUAUUGACCAAGCUGAGAAAGAUCUGCUGCAAACGAUUUGGGCAUUGGAAAUUCAAUUGGAAAACAUUCAAUCGUUGGACAUAACGUGGCAAGCUGUUGUAGCAAAUAAAACAGCCAAUAUGGUGUCGGAUUUAAUUGACAGCCACCAGAACCCACAUAACUGCAACGAACGUGGACAAUUAUUCGGCCACCCCGAAGUUUGCGGUUACGGGUGCAUGGUACAUAACAUUCUGGAGCAAUUCUUCAUGGCGCUAUCUAAUAACAAGACUUUGUUUACUUAUCCUUUCGGUUGUAUUUAUUUGGGAAACGAAACAACAUUAAAAAAUGUUUUUCAACCCUUCAGUAAAAACUGCUCGUUAAGAACCGGGGAUUGGAAAGAAGUCGAAACAUACACAGAUUUAAAGGUAAACGAUCUAUCGUAUAUCUUGGGUCAGCACAUGACUGCGGCGGGACCUCGUCGUUAUUCAGUGUUCACCGAAGAGUUGUGGAAUUCAAUCGAACUUUUUCAUGGGAAACCUAGAGCAUGGCUAGCCGGGAAAUUAGUCCGCUACAUUACGAGACCCACAAAACAUUUUUAUGAUGUAUUCAAUAAAUUGGGGGCAAAAGUUGACUUUACAAGACCACUUGUUGGGUUACACAUACGAAGAUCUGAUAAACUUACUUCGGACCAAGAAUAUGCGGAUUUCCAUCCAUUUAGUAAAUACAUGAAACACGUGGAGAAAUGGUAUAGGAAAUAUGAGAUGAGGCAAGUUCUGGAGGGUUCACAAAACAAAGUGAAGCGAAGGGUUUACCUGGCGACCGAUGACCCAGGAAUCUGGGACGAAACACUCAAUUACGAAGAAUACGAAUUCAUUGGACAACGCAAAUUCGCAAAACGUGCGAGUAACGAAAGAACAAGAGAAACAUCCUUUGGCUUAUUUGAGAUAGCAAACGAAAUCAACAUUCUAUCGAUGUGCAACUUUAUCGUUUGUACGUUUUCGUCGGAGGUGGGAACACUUGCAUACGAGUAUAUGCAAACUCUACAUCUGAAUGCUGCGGAUAAAGUACUUUCAUUAGAUGCGGAAUAUGGCCCUACUGGUGCACCAGUUGAUCUACACCGAGUUAUAUACAGUCAUAAUGUUGAAGGUGAACUUCCCUUACAACAUGGGAUGUUAGCAACUGGCUACCAGCAGUGGAACGGCUACUUUUAUGGAACUAAUAAGGAUCUUAAUUGGCAAUUAUAUCCAAGUUACAAAGUACAAGCUACACUCCCAGUCUUUGCAGUUAAAAAUGGUAAAUUUAGUGUAGAUUUAUUUUAACCAGGGUAUGUUUUUCGCUUUGCAAUCAAUUGCAGAAACUAAUAUUCUAAUACACCAAGAAACAUGGAUUGUCUUGGGAUUCCCGGAGCUUCGACUGCCGAAAAACUAACAUCUUUUUUUUUUCUUGUUGAAUAACAGUCGACUUUAUGUAGUGCCAAUAAAUUUACAGCUUAUGGCAAAGUACUUUGAUUUUUAGAAGUUGAUAACUCGAUAUUUUAGGCAGAAAUUACGU